AUGAAGAGAAGUGGACCCUCGGCUAAGCCUUGUUCCUCUUUCAGCUCGGGCCGGGUGGGGAUGAUGACCAUGCUCCUGAGCGUGGUGCGAACAGAGAGGCUGCUGGGACUGUGGAAAGGAGUUUCCCCGUCCUUUGCUCGGACCAUCCCCGGAGUCGGGAUCUACUUCAGCACCUACUACACCCUGAAGCAGCACUUCCUGCAGGAAGGCAGCCCCGGGGCGCUGGAGGCCGGGCUGCUGGGGGGGUCCGCCCGGACCGUGGCGGGGGUCUUCAUGCUGCCGGUCACCGUCAUCAAGACGCGCUUUGAGUGUGGCCGGUACAGUUACGAGAGCGUAACCGGAGCUCUGCGCAGCGUGUGUCGGACCGAGGGUCCGGCCGCUCUGUUCUCGGGUCUGAUGGCCACGCUGCUCAGAGACGUUCCCUUCUCCGGGAUCUACGUCAUGUUGUACAGCCAGGCCAAGGCCUCGCUGCCACGAGAGAUCCGCUCGUCUGCGUCCGUCCCCCUGGCGACCUUCAGCUGCGGCGUCCUGGCGGGCGUCCUGGCGUCCCUGCUCACGCAGCCGGCCGACGUGGUGAAGACGCACGUCCAGGUGAACCCACACCUGAGGACGGCAGAGGCCAUCAGACACAUCUACACGGAACACCGGCUGCAGGGCUUCUUCAGAGGGGCGGUGCCCCGGGCCCUGAGGAGGACCAUGAUGGCCGCCAUGGCGUGGACGGUGUACGAGCAGAUGAUGACCAGCGUGGGACUGAAGUCCUGAAG